ACGCAUCAACCGUAUGUGCGCAUUCUUUAGUCGCUCUCUUUCCAACAAUGUAAAGGGUCACUAUAAAUUAGAAUUAUAUGCAGUUUCAUUCAAGGUCGUUAGAGCGCACGCGCAAUCAAAGACAACUUUAUAACCCCAGAGCGCACAUAAAAAUAGACCUACUGUAGCCUAUUAUUUGCAGUUUUCUGUGCGGACCUACAGUUGUUCAGCGGUCUCGUCCAAGUAUAACAUUUAGGAUGGGUUUUACAUUUUAACGUAGUGUUCAUGUGAGGAAAUCUGAUCCCUAUAGGCCAGUGAAGGCCACGCAUGGACACCCCAGGGUAUGAUGCAACGCGAGGCUGGGGGAUUCAUUUCACAGUAGUUAGAACUGGAAAGGAUGUGUUAUCAAAGCCCAUCACCUCUCACUCCUUUGGCAGAGUUUCUUCAAAAUCUAUGCUGACAAUGCUACAUUACGCCUUAGUAAACAUGGCAUAUCAUACCAGCAGAUGGCUUCCAAGGGAUCAAAGGUUAAAAUUUCAAAUAAUUAAUGCAAUCUUUGUGGCACUAGUUCUCAUCCCUCAAUUGUAUGUGCUAACCAGGCCCAAAUCCUCUAGAUACUGCCAGCAGCCUCUUCUGAACAAUCUCACUGCCUUCAUUGUCUUGUCCUUCAUGGCUACAGGUUUUGCAGUAACAUUCACACUGAUAGACCCAGUGCCCCAGUGCUUCAGGGCAGCCUACCAUGGGUUUGGACUUGUAUCUUUUGGCCAGGGACUGUGCACCAUCGCCUUGACUCUGACUGCACAACAGUGUGCGAAAACAACUCCUGAGCUGUAUUAUUUGUCCCUUAUUCUAUCAUUGGCUUGUAUCCUGAGUACAGCCUUCUUCUUGGUGAAGGGAGGACUCUGGGUAACAACCAAUAGGCUACCCAGGCCUUGCCAGAGAGGGAACAAUGGCUAACUAGUCCAACCAGUCUACAGCUGCGCCAAGUUGCAAUUAGAUAUGUGCCACAGAACCAUCCAUCCAUAAUUGAUGCUGUUUCCAGGCUACCACCAGCAAGCGAUACUGUUGCACAGUAUGGUGACUAGUGUAGUAUGUAGUGAAUUUACAUUUCCCAUUUCCUUAAUUUGAUACACUUGAAAUCAAUUGGUGUGCAUAUGUUUGUUUGAAUUAAAUUACUCCGUUUUGAAUAUCAAAUGAACUAUUAAAAUGGCUACCACUAUCAUAAAGGGGCAUAUAUAUUUUUCAAGCACCCAACGUUACUGCUUAAACAUUCCUUAGUUUGAAAUCAUACAGUUAAAAAUAAAUAAUAUGUGCAGAAAGGGUUGUGAAAGCUGUAGUUUAUUUCCUUGUGUUAAAAUGGUGACUAACUGUUACAUUAAUUCCAUUUGUGUACAGUAUGUAGAGAAAUGGUGUUAGGUCCCCAGAUGUAAAAAUAAAUAAAAUAAAAUACA